CAGCAUUGCUUCUACAGUAUUGAUUUCUUUUGCGUUAAUUCAAGUUCUCAAGCUGUGGAGGAUUGAGAUGGGGAGGAGAUGGGGCUUGAUCCUAUUAUUAUGUGGUAGGAUAUGACUGAAAGGUGGAGGCGGAGGCGACGAUGAGGAGUGUGCUGUGAGGUGAUUGCAAUGCGAGCGUUGGAUUAGAAUAUCCUUCAUUCAUUAUUCAGUCUGUUGCGAUGUUCAAUUGAUCCUGCUCUGGGAUGAACAUCCAGGAAAGGAAAGCACAACCUCCGGUUCUCACACCUUCCCCAACACUCCUCACCCACCCCUAUACUUCCUCGCCCUCUUUCGCUCUCUCAACUUCCAACAACACAACUCACAACAUCAUCCAUAACCUCCUCGAAACCACCAACACAUAAUGUCUCGCCCCAACGCACCCGCUCGCGAGCCAGCAGAGCAAGUCAUUCACCAAGAUACCAGUACCCCCUCCGAUGAUUUACCCAUCACCCCUCUCGCCCCUGAAGCGCCGGCCCCGGUGUGCCAGUGUUCGACGAGCUGGGAACAUAGGUUUUGGGGUUGUGAGUUGGGCUUUGCCUUCCGCACUGUUCUCAACUACUUCCCCAACCUUCACGUCUCGCAUUUCCCCUUCUCAACUCCCAUCUGCUACUCCUUGGGGGAGAAGAGAAGAGGUUUUGCAAGUCAGGGAGAGAAAGAGGCUAACAAACACAGGCCCAGCUAAAGUCGCAUCCUCACUCCGAGAGCAAAAUGAACCGGGUGGAGGGAUGUGGAAGAGGAGGGAUGAGGUGUGGAAGGGCUUGUUGAAGGGCGAGGUGUUUAGCAUUGAGCAGUUGGAGAAUGAACCCUCAACACAAGACUUAUACUAUGCGCUGCAUCAAGAGAAAGAUGUCUUGUUGCGAUUCCUCAAUGACCGGCAUGUUGUGGUAAAAGAGAAGUGGGUCGGGAUUCAUCAGGAGGAGAGCGGACGAUGGAUUGCGCCGGAUCCGAGAGAGCAGGAAAUUACGGUUGAGCGCGGGAUGAUGGUGGCUAAUAAACUCGUCGAGAUGCUUUCGAAGAAGGAGAAUUGGAAGGCAUUGUAUGGAACAGAGUUGAAAGAAGAGGAGAGUUUCAGGUUGGAGUUAUUGGUUUUUGAUCUUAGCGAUGUGAAAGUCAAGGAAGAGGGAGGGAUUGAGGGAACUGUGUGGUGGUGCAUACGCUCGGAAGAUUGCGAGGGUUGUGAGAAUUGUCGGGGAGGCCAACCGAGCCAGCCCGAAUGGAAAGAGGUUGGGACGAUGACAAAUGGUUUCGAUCCGUUGUAUGAUUAUGUGGAAGAGGGGACGCAGACUGAAAUGGAGAAGCCAGAGAAAGAGGUCGCGGAGAAGACGGAUAGGCAUGAUAGUGGUGUGGGAUUGGAAGCGGGGGAAGAAGUUGCUGUGCGCGGCAUUGAAGACCUAAAGAUUGGACCGAAGAAUGCUCGGGGAAAGGAGGCGGAGAGCAGCGAUGAUGAACAGGGUGGAGUCGGAGUUGUUGAUGAGCAGACAGGUGGAAAAUCCAGUGACGACAAAUUGUAUGAGGGAGAUAUUGAAAAUUAGGGUUGGGUUGGUUCAUGGAUACUGGCAUUCUUACGUUGAGGAGGAGCAGGAUUGACGCUUGUCAUUGUUCUACUUGUUUAUCAGGUAUUCAAAAAUAGCAUUCUGUCAUUCCGGCCCAGUAAAAUCGAAAGGCAGGCGUACUCGUAUGUGUUUUGAUAUUCGACAUGUCCAUCAAGUGUGAGGUUGAACAAGAAGUUGAAGUAUGUGAUCUUCACAAGCUUCGCUGUCUCCUCCUGCUUCGUAGGCCCACCUCAAGUCCGUGAAAUAACGCUCAGUCAACAUCCUCCAUCGCUUCAGCCCAAGCGAAAAAGAAGCUCAGAAUAUCAUUGAGCCCGCCAGCCUUGCGAAAUAUUCCUGGUCGCGAAGUCCUCGUAGUCUCCUGAACUCGCCUCGGCACUGCCAGCACCGAAUGACAACGCUUGACACUCUUCUAAUCUAAUCAUGGGGAUAUUGCAGUAAGAUGCACACUGGAUCUCUGAGAUUCAUCUCUCCU